UUCAGAAUGGGAGUCCUCCCAGAGGCGUGUGAAGACCAGAGACGUAGACCUGGCUUCACCUGACCUAAGAAUGAGUGCUGUCACUGGAAGCAGAGGAAUCACUGCAGACAUUCCACCACGACAGAGUCAAAACACACAGAUAGGAUAUGCAGACACUUGUAGUUCCACUCAACACCCGCAUGGCAAGCUGCACCGUUUCAUUCAGAACCAUCUACAAUUGCUGGGUGCAACUCAAAUAAUGAUUGGCCUGAAAUGUUUCUUACUGGGAAUAAUUGAAGCUGCUUUCACGCUGAAUCCCUUCUGCAAGAGCAUUUCAUUCAGCUUUUACGUGGGCUUCCCAUUCUGGGCUACAGUGUCUUUUGUUCUUUCUGGAACUCUGACAGUUUCAUCAACGAAAACACACACAAAAUUUCUGGUGGGAGUCAGUAUAGCAGCUAACAUCACCAGCACAGUGCUUUCAAUUAUUGGACUAAGUCUACUAUUCCUCAAUUUAAUUGAUAUAUUUCUAUUUGACUGCACAAGCUCUGAGUGCUCUUUGGCUAAAUCUUUAACAACUAGCACCAUGGUUCUCCAAGCGAUGGUGACAUGCAUUCAGCUCGCCAUUUCGUUCACCCUCUCUGUGUUCACUUAUCACGUGGAUGGCAGUGACAUGAGUGGGGUGUCAGCCCUCAGCUGCUUCGUCAAAUCAGCAUCUGAAGAUCCUUACCAAGACCUGUUGAGUCCACCUGAGCCCUACGAAGACAUCACCAUGCAAGGCAGGCAUUCUGAUAACUAUGAUCCGUGAGAACUGGACAGCACCUGGUGUCACCUGACGACCCCGAUCCAUGCUGCCGGACAGAGGGACUUUCUGAUAGGAAAUUUUUAUGGGUUUUUUUCUUAUCUCUUUUCAUUUAACACAAUGUCUUCAAC